AUGUCCUUUUCAAACGCUACUUUUGAGCAAGUUUUGGACGACUUGUCCGUUCGUUUCCUUCUAAACAUUCCAAGUGAAGAAAAGAAUAGUAUUGAGCGUCUGUGUUUUCAAAUUGAACAAGCUCAUUGGUAUUACGAAGAUUUUAUUAGAGCAGAAAAUGACCAAUUACCUUCUUUAGGUCUUCGCGUUUUUAGUGCAAAGCUUUUUUCUCAUUGUCCUUUACUUUGGAAAUGGAGCAAGGUACAUGAAGAAGCAUUUGAUGAUUUUUUGCGCUACAAAACUCGUAUCCCAGUCCGCGGAGCAAUUAUGUUGAACAAGGAAAUGGACAAGUGUCUCUUGGUUAAAGGUUGGAAAGCUUCAUCUGGAUGGGGGUUUCCUAAAGGGAAAAUUAACAAGGAUGAAGCUGAUGUGGAUUGUGCCAUCCGUGAAGUUUAUGAAGAGACAGGAUUUGACAGCACGAACUGGAUUAACGAAAAGGAUUUUAUUGAACUUACGAUCCGUGAACAAAAUAUACGUCUGUACAUUAUCCCCGACCUACCUAUGGAAACGGUCUUUGAGUCACAAACUCGUAAAGAAAUUAGCAAAAUUGAGUGGCAUCUGCUGGCAGAUUUACCUACUUUCAAACAAUCGAAGUCUGAAACGAAGAACAAAUUUUAUAUGGUGAUUCCUUUUCUUGCCCCGUUAAAGAAAUGGAUUAGAAAACGUUUGGUUUCCCUGGAGUCGAAGGUUCAAGCAACGAAAGCCUCCACACAAUUGCUUUCUCUACUGAAGGAGCCUUCAUCCACUGCAACUGUAGCAGAGUCUGCAAAUGAAAAAUUGCUGAAUAUGUUGAGAACACCGGUGCAAACACAGUCUCAACUUGCUGCUCCGGCACGGGCAUUGCCUACUGCAACUUCUGAAGAAAAACUGUUAGCUCUUAUUCGUGGUCCGGCUGCUCCCACUGCUUCCACUAUUCAGGCACCACCACCGCCCGAUGAUUACAAGGCAUGCAUAUUAAACAUGUUGAAUAGUGGGUUGUCGGCUCAUCAGUCUGCUGCACCUAUGUCCAUGCCUCCGUUACCGGUACCUAACAUGCACCCGUCUACGACGCAGUUUCAGUCCCCUGUGAUGAAUUUUGCGCCUACUGCUCCCUUUUUUGGCAUGUCUCCGUAUCAAAAUUUUGCUCAGCUUCAUCCAGCACAAGGAAUGUAUCCGGUGAUGAGUGGACCCUCUACGCCUCAGGCAUCUCGGCAAAUGGAAUCAACCAUACCUUUGGAUCCUCAUAUACAACAAAUUAUGUCAAACUCAACAGAUCCUUCCGGGACGUUGCCGUUCACUGAUCCAGCAAUCAUAAAAACGAAUUUGCAGCCCGCCAAUUUUGAACUUCCUCCAAUGAGGUCUUUUGCUGCUCCUCCGCAGGCAAUGCCGCUGCCAAGUCAGUCCGAUUCUUCUGUACCAACUCCUGGUGAAUUACCAUCACCUUCAACAAUGUACCAUCAAGUGUUUCAUCCACCUUCUAUGACUGCAGUAACUACAUUUGAGAAGUUGGAAAAGAAUGCUGCUUCUAAAGGAAAUUCUGAUAAUAAUACGCAAGAGCGUAUUGUUGGGCAUAAGAAGCAGAAACCAUUCACGGAUGACUCCCGUGAAGCUGAACAAAAGUCGAAAGGUCAGGCGUCUAAACAAGACAGUAACCCUUCGGUGCAGCUGCUCAACAUUUUGACCAAAGCUGCAGAGCUUUCUCUUAAUGAAAAACGACAAGUGAAGUCGAAAUCUGUUGCUGAAGCGUCUCGUACGCAAUCGACGAAAUUACAGCCCACCGUUAGUAGUCCUUAUAAAACUUCUAACCAAUUUUCCAAGGGCGCAACAAAGAAAAAGUCACCAAGGGUAUCUACUCCAAAACGCCGUAACGGUUUGUCCGGCGGCAAGCAAACGUUUUCUCCGAAGCCGGUGUCUCCUUUUGGCAAUAAGGAACUGACGCCUACUAAUGUUAAGAUUCUAAAACGAGAACCGGUGAGCAAAACUCGAACAACUGCUAACGAUUCCUUGUUUAUGGACUACUUAAAAUCAGUUGUCACAAACACCAAUCCCACUGGCGCCCCUUAA